AUGUCUGGAUCAUACCCACCUGCGGCGUCGCCUACGCAGGCAACCCGCCCCUACCCUCCUUACUCACCAACUCACCCGAAUCGUCCGCCCUAUCCCAAUCACGAUUACCAUCAAUCAGUGCCGCCAUCGCAGCACCUUCUGCAGACGCCACCCCCGUUCACGCCGGCAACCCUGGUGCAAAGUCCACACUUGGUAAGACCAACAUCACUCGCAUCAGGUCUACCCUCACCUACGGGCCCUCCACCGCCACCCAACGGCUCGAACUACUCCAUCGUCUCGAGUCCUCCUUAUCCUCUGCAAAGAUCUUAUUCUGGACAGUACUCAGGCCAGCCGAUGGCGCAGUACGAUGGCGCUCCUCCUACUCAUGCCCAUCCAUCAAGUCGAUCUGGCUCUGUGCUGCAGUCGCCAGCUAGGGAACAGCAGCCUAUACAGAAUGGUGUAACCCAAGAUUAUCAUCAACCUGAGUCGAGGCCACAAUCAAAGGACGUAAGUACAACAAGAGCGAGCAAUCCAAUGUCGUUCGCUAGCAUCUUGGGCCCUUCUAGCAACGACACCUCUCCGCCCAAACCCAUCGAAGCCAAAAUACCACCGAAACCGCUGACACCUUCGAAACUCGAAGCGCCUAUGACCGAAAAGCAAGAUUCUUUUCAGGUGCAACCUCCCGCUCAGCAUACCACAAUGAUACCCGCCACCAAUGGCUUUGGCAAGGUGCCUUCUGUCGAGGAGGCAUCUACGUCUCCGGUAGCCCCUAUCAUUGUACCGAAACCUCGCCGAUUACCCACCUCACACGAGAGCGCAAGGAUCACUAAAGCCUACGAGAACAUCGAUGAAGCGAGCAAUCUGGAGGGAGGUGACUUCGUGGAACAGCGCACUCUCUACCGAAAGAAAGAUGAAAAGCGUAAGCAACAACUGGCGGAGGUUGACGGCAAUCAGCGCAAACGUCGCCGUGUGCAAGCGCUCGAUAACUUGAACAAGAACUUCAACGGUAUCAAUGAUGCUGCAGGCGCUCGGUUCCGUGUUCGCUACCUGGACGAUGCGCGUGCUGAGAUCGCUGAGCGUGAUCACCAGAGCGAGAAAGAAAGGAAGAAGGAUAUGCAACGAAAGCGCCGCAGAGAGCAACAAAUGCGAAAUGAAGCCGACCGUAUGGCUGAACUCAAGAGCUCCCUCGACACUGAAGGAAACCCUGAAGAGGUCGCUAAAAUCAUGGAGCAGAUUGAUGCUUCGAGCCAGAAAUUGCGCAAAGUUGCCGAAGCCAACAAUGGCCUGCCGGAAGGUCUCGAUAUUCCUCAUAUGGCACACAACUACGAGGGCGGCAUGACAUCGACUUUCGCAAUUGGCACUCCUGAGCCAGAAGAGCCUCCCAAGAAACGUGCUAAGCAAGGCACUGGGCCUAGUGUACGACUAAAGAAAUCCAAGGAAAAGAAGCAGGCGGAGAAAGACGCUGCCGAAGCAGCCUACGCUGCGAUGGAGAGGGACUCAAUGCUCUCAAUUGCUCCCAGAGAUGAAGAUCGAAAGGAGUUGAAGUCAAAGCGUUCAAAGGACCAAGCUGGGCUCGUCGCAUCUGUCAACUAUGAAUCCAAGGGCUACAACCAAAUAUACGAGCAGAUCAUUCGCGAUAUGGCACGCAAAGACAUGCCAAAGGUCUAUCGUAUCAAGCAGACUUCGCUGCAGACACGCCAGGAAAACAUGCGGAAGACCGCCAUUCUGGCAAGUAAACAAGCUCGCAAAUGGCAAGAGCGUACCAACAAAAGCAUGAAGGAUACUCAAGCGCGAGCCAAACGUGUCAUGAGAGAGAUGAUGUCCUUCUGGAAACGCAACGAGCGAGAAGAACGUGAUCUCCGUCGCAUGGCCGAGCGGAAGGAAAUUGAAGAUGCUAAGAAGGCUGAAGCUGACCGGGAAGCCAACCGUCAGAAGAGGAAGCUGAACUUCUUAAUCUCACAGACUGAGUUGUACUCCCAUUUCAUUGGGAGAAAGAUCAAAACAGACGAAAUCGAGAACUCGACCAAUGAUCCAGAUGUUGCUGCUUCUACGAAGAAGAUCGAGUCUGGAGCCGCGAACGCCCAUACCGUCAAUCUUCCCGACUCUGUUGCCGAUCUGACUGGGAAGACUCGAGUCACCAACUUUGAAGACCUCGACUUCGAUGCAGAGGACGACAGUGCUCUCCGUCAAGCUGCCAUGGCCAACGCACAGAGCGCUGUUCAAGAUGCUCAGGACAGAGCGAAGGCCUUCGAUGGCGAGAACCAGAUGGCCGCUUUCGACAACAGCGACCUGAACUUUCAGAACCCAACCAUGGCCGGCGAUGUGCAAGUCGCCCAACCAAAGAUGCUGCAGGCUCAAUUGAAGGAAUACCAGCUCAAGGGUCUCAACUGGCUUGUCAAUUUGUACGAACAGGGCAUCAACGGCAUCUUAGCUGACGAGAUGGGUCUCGGCAAGACAGUGCAAUCAAUAUCUGUCAUGGGGUACCUUGCUGAACAGCACAAUGUCUGGGGGCCUUUCCUUGUGAUUGCGCCAGCAUCAACAUUGCACAAUUGGCAGCAAGAGAUCACCAGAUUCGUGCCGUCAAUCAAAGUCUUACCAUACUGGGGCAACGCAAAGGAUCGUAAGAUCCUGCGCAAGUUCUGGGAUAGGAAACAUAUCACCUACAACAAGGAUUCUGAAUUUCAUGUCCUGGUCACUUCGUACCAGUUGGUGGUGCAGGACGCUCAAUAUUUCCAAAAGAUUCGUUGGCAAUACAUGGUCCUUGACGAAGCUCAAGCCAUCAAAUCAUCAAGCAGCUCACGUUGGAAGACUCUGCUGGGCUUCCAUUGCCGUAACCGACUGCUCCUCACUGGUACGCCCAUUCAGAACAACAUGCAAGAAUUGUGGGCGCUGUUGCAUUUCAUCAUGCCAACGCUCUUCGACUCGCACGAUGAGUUCAGCGACUGGUUCUCUAAGGAUAUUGAAAGCCAUGCUCAAAGCAACACCAAGCUCAAUCAGGAUCAACUCAAGCGUCUGCACAUGAUUCUCAAGCCCUUCAUGCUGCGCCGUGUCAAGGCCCACGUCCAAAAAGAACUCGGAGACAAGGUUGAGAAGGAUGUUUUCUGUGAUCUCACCUAUCGUCAGCGAGCAAUGUAUGCCAACUUACGCAGCAAAAUCAGCAUCAUGGAUCUGAUUGAAAAGGCCACAAUGGGCGACGAUCAAGACACUGCUACGUUGAUGAACCUGGUCAUGCAGUUUCGCAAGGUGUGCAAUCAUCCCGACCUGUUCGAGAGAGCCGAUGUCAGUUCGCCUCACUCCUGGUCGAACUACGCCGAAACAGCCUCGUUUCUGCGAGAAGGCUACUAUAUACAAUUUGCUUAUUCGGUACGCAAUCCCGUCCAGCUUGACCUUCCCCGGAUCCUCUGCAACGAUAUCGGCCGCUUAGACAUGGCUGGUCCCAACAAUCCCCGCGCUGGUUUCGAACGUGCCGGAUUCAGGAAUGAUGCUCUUGGGCACAUGAUGCGGAUCUGGUCACCGGAUUACAUUAAAGCAUCAAAUGAUAGCAAUGGGGCCUUUGCCUUCCUCCGCUUCGCCGACACCUCUUACUCCGAGGCUGCCGUGGCUGGAACCAAUGGCUUGUUCGAGCGCGCCGUGAAGCAGCGAUCGGGAGCUCGGCGCAAUCUACUGGUUCAUGAGGACAGCGAAGACAACCCUGUGCCUGCUCACGCCAUGUUCAAUAUCACAGGCAACGAAAGGCGUAAGAUUUUGACUGAGCUGGACCCAAACUCUCCCCUUAGUCGCCUCUGUAACGUGUCCAAGCAAGCCAUGGAAAACGAUGGGCUUAACGUCCUGGAGCCGGCUGCGCGGGUCAAGGUCACGGCCCCACCGAUCGAGAUCAGCUGCUUUGAUCAGAACUCGGCGAAUGAGCGUUCGCUAACGAUGUUCAAUACUCCUGUCCGCAACACUCUCUUUCCUCUGGAGGAUGGAGACGAGCAACGCCUGCUGGAGAAGGAUGUUGAUCCUGCGUCAGCGCCCGUCGCUGGCUUGCUCCCGGCACCAGCCUCCAACAAGGCUCGCUGGACCAACAUCAGUGUGCCCUCCAUGCGCCGCUUCGUCACUGAUUGCGGUAAGCUGGCCAAACUCGACCAGCUCCUCCACGAACUCAAGAACGGCGGUCAUCGUGUAUUGCUCUACUUCCAAAUGACGCGCAUGAUCGAUCUGAUGGAGGAAUACCUGACCUACCGCAACUACAAGUACUGCAGACUUGACGGCAGCACCAAGCUAGAGGACCGUCGGGAUACUGUGCACGACUUCCAGACGCGCCCUGAGAUCUUCAUCUUCCUACUUUCCACUAGAGCCGGUGGUCUUGGUAUCAAUUUGACGUCCGCGGAUACUGUCAUUUUCUAUGACUCGGACUGGAACCCGACGAUCGAUUCACAAGCCAUGGAUCGUGCUCAUCGUCUUGGCCAAACCAAGCAAGUUACAGUCUAUCGCCUAAUCACCCGCGGCACGAUUGAAGAGCGUAUCCGCAAGCGUGCCAUGCAAAAGGAAGAAGUCCAGCGCGUCGUCAUUACGGGCGGUGAUGGUGGUGGCGUCGACUUCAACACCCGCGACCGACGCGAGAACCGCACCAAAGACAUCGCUAUGUGGCUUGCCGAUGAUGACCAGGCGGCGAUGCUCGAACAGAAGGCCAAAGAAGCGGCAGAAAAGCCCGAGGAGGAGGGCAAGAAGAAGAGCAAGAAGGCAGCGGCGGCUGAAGCAAGAAAGAAGCGAAAGGGGGAGAUGAGUUUGGAUGACAUGUACCAUGAGGGCGAAGGACAUUUCGAAGAUGCAUCUGCGAAGGCUUCGGGCGCAGCUACGCCAGUUAGCACGGCUGAGCCUCCUACUACGACGAAGAGAGGCCCACGGGGAGGCGCUGGUAAGAGCAAGAAGGCGAAGACAGCGAAGCAGCGUCUCGCAAUUAUCGAUGCUGAAGGUGACCUGGGCAUGGGCGGUGGGGCAGACUAA